AUGAAAACCGCCGUGAUCAUUGCCUCCGCUGCGGGCCUGGCGGCAGCUCAGUUCAGCUACAAUGAAACAACUGGGAAAUACACGUGCGCUCAACCGAACCAAGCGUACUGCGUUGCAGGAUCGAUGGAAUCCAACAUCAUCUUGAGGUGUGAUAAUAAAGCCAUCGGGCAGCCUGGUAAUUGUAACGAUAACCUUGACGGGGAGCCUCCAAUGGGCAAUACCUACUCUCCCUGCUGGCAGACCUCUAAUACCACGGGCGACGCUGCUUGCAGCAAGAAUUGUGUCGUGUAUGGCGGCUCUGGCAAUUUCAAUGGCACGUUCACCUUGCCAGCCGACAGCUGCACGCCUACUUACACGGCGACCUCGUCCGCCGCCACAACGACGGCGACAACAUUGACACAGAGCGUGACGGUCUCAACAUCUUCAGUUCCAGCGAGCGGAACCGGGUCCACUGCCGUUGGAACGGGAACUACGAUCUUGUGCACCGAGACUGAGAGUGAGAGCAGCACGGCCUCAACAGGAGCCGUGACCGGAUCUCCGCCGUCCACAACCGUCACUUCCGCUGCCUCUGCCUCUGCCACGACUAUCAUACCGCCGCCUGCGUCUCCCCCAUCUUCGAAUAAUCCCAGCGGUGCGGGCUCACCUCCGCCAGGCGGCAGCACAGCGUUCAAACCAAGCAACACCGGACCUGGUCCCGUGGUCACUUCCACUUCCACUUCUACUUCUUCACUGACUGCGGUCUCGACUACUUCUUUUCCUACUGCAGGUGCAGCGUCCAACCACGUCGGUGUUGGGCUUGGUGUUGUGGGGUUGAUCGUCGGUGCUAUGCUGUAA